AAUUUCUGAUGACGUGUACACAUAUGGAGGUAAACUGCGCCAUAUCAUUUUCUGGGUUGAUACACUGAAUCAUCGUCUAUUUCUGUCAGCCAGUGUUUAAAACUUCGAUAUUUUAAAGUACACUCAUCUCUUCGGAUAAGGAAGCAUGGACGAGCACGAAGUUUUAACGACAUUGAAGAUUUUGAUAAUAGGUGAAAGCGGAGUUGGAAAAUCAAGUUUGUUGCUGCGAUUCACAGAUGACACAUUUGAUCCAGAGCAGGCAGCUACAAUAGGUGUUGACUUUAAAGUGAAAACCCUGCAGAUUGAUGGUAACAAAGCAAAACUUGCUAUUUGGGACACAGCAGGACAAGAGAGAUUUAGAACGCUGACUCCUAGCUACUAUAGAGGAGCACAAGGUGUAAUCCUAGUGUAUGAUGUCACCAGCAAAGCUUCCUUCAACAAACUGGAACAAUGGCUGAACGAAUUGGAGACUUUCUCAACCAAACAUGAUCUCAUCAAAAUGCUUGUUGGAAACAAGAUAGACAAUGAAAGAAGGGAGGUAACUAAAGAAGAGGGACUCAAGUUUGCCAGGAAGCAUCACAUGCUGUUUAUAGAAGCCAGUGCAAAGACUAAAGAGGGAGUGCAGUGUGCUUUUGAAGAACUUGUAGAAAAGAUCAUACAGACACCAGGACUAUGGGAGACAGACAAACAAGGUUUGAGUUUAACAGGUCAAGGUUCAAAUGGAGGUCAAGGCGCAGCAUGUGGAGGAUACUGUAGUGUAAUAUGAGAGGACCAAGCAGUAUACAGACUGACCAAUCGUAACUCACGUAACAAAUAGAACAGGAAGAACAAGUGUUUGUGAUAUUAAUGAUUUAGAACCAUUGAAUAUGUAUACAUAUAUACAUGUUUUGACAUCAGUCGGUAAAAUUAACCAUAUAACUGAUAAACUGCAGGCUUCAAUGCUGUUAACUGGAAAUUCCAUCAAACUUCCUGAGGACGCUAAAUUUGUAUCUAAAAGCAUCGUCACAUCAGAAUAAUAAUGAGUACUUAUUAUUUUUAAGUUUUUCAGGAAUUAAUUCCAGUUAUAGGUAUAAUGUAACACACACAUGUAGCAAAGUGCUGACACCUCUUAACAUAAAAUAAUAACUUAUUAUAAUUUUAAAAGGUUAUUUUAAAAAACAUUAUCAGCUUAAUUAUUUCUCUAUAAAAUUUAUGUCCUAUUUAAUUUAUAUUUUCUACACAUAUCUUACAACAUGUAGCAAUUUCUACACAUCUCUUCUGUGACCAUGGGGUAUUUGCCUGUGAAAAAAAGCUUCACUCAUUUGAAGAUGCUUCCAUCAUUCUCAAAUCAGAAAACAGGAAUUCUUAUCAUGUUAUCCUCAAAUCUUAAGUUGGAAAUUCUUGCUAUGUUCAUGAUUAUUGUUUCAAAUUUAAUUCAAAAUAGCUAUUUAUGUGAUCAACAAUUAAUUGAAGGAGACUUAAGGAAGAAUAUGUAAAUAUAAUGGAUGAAAUAACACUGACCUAUAUCGAAGGUUCCACACAUGCCAAGAAUUCAGGUAGAAAGUU